AUGGACAGUGGCAGGACGCAGGCAGUAGCUGGUCCAGGCCUCACUCCACCUGUUUUGAGACCCCACGCCCACAACAUGAAUCACCCUGUAAAGAAGAAAUUCAAGCAUGGUGUGGCUGCCAUGAUGCAAAACAAGGGAUCACAGAGCAAGAUACAGCAGCCUAUCAGCAAAACAUUCAAGCAAGACCGUCUUAAAGUGGUGUUAAGAAAUUUAGCACUCUUGAAGCUACUCAAGAACCCAAACCACCGGAUCCAAGAACUGUAUAAGCUGGCUAAAGCAUGUUGGAAUUCACUGCUCAGAUCUCCAAGGGUCUUCAAGAUGUCCUCUCAACACACUGACGUCUUCAAGAUGGUAAGAUGCAACGACGACAAAGAGUCUCAGGAGGCUGGGAACUCCCAGAGUAGGCAGAAGUUGGAGGCAGAUAAAUCUGCAAGGAAGCCUGAAGAGAGGGAGAGGUCAACGCUCGGGUUGAGGCUGAGGGAGAGGACCAAGACAAAGUGGCUAUUUGCUGCCAAGCCUCGAGAAAAACAGGCAGAGCUAGUAGAGACAAAUGCCACCGAGGCCCUGCCAGGCCAGAACCUGACCACCUGCCCUAGCAGAGCCGGGCAGAAUCGACCUCCCACCAGGGAUCCCACAGUUGUCUUCUUGAAGACCAGCCAACACAGAACAUCCAUUGGGGACAUGAAGAAGCAGAAUGCAGAGAGCCAGUGGCUGUGGUUUGCGGGGCUGCCCACGCGAAUACACCUCCCAGGGCCGCGGGUGAUGUGCAGGUCUUCCAGGUGGCGCUGGAUCAACCGAUGCUGCACUCGAUCCUGCUCCAUUGAGCUGCCUAUGUACCAUCCAUGCAGGCGGGGAAUCAGCCUGGAGGCUGCUGCAUCAGGACACCCUGAUGUUUGGCAUGUCAUGCCCAGAGCCAAUGAGCUGCACCCCUCCACCACCUUCGCCAGUGCUCUAUGA